AUGUUGGGAUUCGCGGUGGUGGACAUUAGGUUGCUGAUCCAGUACGGACAGGAGCAGGCGUCAGGGACAUUCGUUGGUGACAUCAUCGUCAUCUGUGCUAGUCUGCUGCUCUUAAUCAUUGCUGUUAUAGGCUUCAUUGGGGCUAUCAAAGGAAACUUGAAAGUUCUAUACGCGAUGUUGAUAUCUAUAUUUGUGGGUAUACAAAGACACGGUCUAGAGUUUAGGGUAACGGAGUGGCUUCGGGAAGACUUCUUCAGCAAUGUGACUGAAGAAAACCGAGAAGAGCACGAACGUAUGUGGGAUGACUUACAAAUACGCUUGUUCGGUUUGAUCUUGAUGGCGGUGUGCGUGAUGAAUAUGCGCGAACGCAAGUCGCGGCCGGACCAGUCAGCGCUGUCACGCGGCGUGCUCGCCUUCCUGCUGACCCUCGGCCUUUGUUUGGUGGUGACUGCUGUACUUGGCUGCAUCGGUGCUCUUAGAGAACAUGUGCGGAUAUUGUAUGUGCACGCUUGCUUCUUCAUAUUCCUGGUGUCAAUAGAAGUGGUGGUUGGAGUUGGAGGGGCAGUACUAAGUGCUUGGGUGGGCAGUGGAAGUGAGCUACGUGGACAGUUCUUCAGAAACCUUACCGUCGAUGAUGAGAUAUCCAAUCACAAAGCGCACUGGGAUCAGUUGCAAGCAGAGUAUCAUUGCUGCGGAGUAGAUGGUCCACAAGACUACUCUAUUCUCCAACGUGACGUGCCCCCCUCUUGUUGCGCCCGCGCACACGCUUUACGCGACGGUGGCGCCAGACGACAGAUUCACGCAACUUGUUUAGCUGAAAAAACGUACUAUGAACUUGGCUGUGACGAAGCUCUACGCAGAAAAAAGUCCCUUAAAGGCAAUAUCUUUAUUACAACUGGUGUUAUAUUUGCAAUCAUUGAGAUCCUCUGUAUUGUUCUGUCACUUUGGAUGGCGAGGACAAUAAGAGUGGAACGUCGAAAGCUCCAACAGAACCUGCAAGCACACUUCGAAAGUUAA